GCAGUUUCUGCAACAUUGCAGAAUUAUAUAUUACGCACGUUUUAGUUUUGUUCUCUCUAAUUAUCUUCCUUCCACAACCUUCCUCCUCUCUCUUCCCUUGAAGAUAAGCAAUUUUGUAAGAUCAUAAAAGUUAUGUCUAGUGACACUAGUUCCAAGAAAUUGGAAAACCAAAAGGUUCCAUUGUUGGAGAGCUACAAUCAUUCAGAUAAUGGAGCUCCUCCAUCAACAAAGCAGUUGUUGCAAGAUAGAUACAUUACUAAUUAUGGAGAUCGAAAUGGUGAUGGUUUUGUUGAACAUACUACUCUUGUUAAAAGAGUAUGGGCUGAAUCCAACAAGUUAUGGCAUGUCGUCGGCCCAUCUAUCAUUAGCCGAGUUGCUUCCUACAGUUUGUUGAUUGCAACCCAAGCAUUCGCCGGUCAUCUUGGUGACCUUGAGCUUGCUGCCAUGUCCAUCAGUUGCAAUAUCGUUGUUGGCUUUGAUUUUGGUCUCAUGUUAGGAAUGGCGAGUGCUUUGGAGACACUAUGUGGGCAAGCAUAUGGAGCAAAGAAAUACCACAUGUUGGGAAUUUACAUGCAAAGGUCAUGGAUUGUAUUAUUCAUAUGUUGCAUCCUACUUUUACCCUUGUAUAUAUUUGCCUCUCCUCUAAUGAAGCUCCUAGGCCAAGCAGAUGAUGUCGCCGAGUUAGCUGGCACGGCGGCUCUUUGGAUGCUGCCGGUUCAUUUCAGCUUUGCCUUUCAGUUCCCACUACAAAGGUUCCUGCAAUGCCAGCUCAAGGCUGGUGUCGUGGCAUGUGUCUCAGUCAUAGCGCUGGUGGUGCACUUAACCGUGGCCUGGUUGUUGGUUUCCGUGCUUAAGUUCGGAAUCAUCGGAGUUGCCAUCACGCAGAACUGUGGAUGGUGGGUGUUGGUAUUAGGAAUGUAUGGUUAUACUGCUUUUGGUGGAUGUCCACUUACUUGGAAUGGUUUAUCCAUUGAGGCCUUUUCUGGUCUUUGGGAGUUUUUCAAAUUAUCUGCCGCUUCAGGAGUCAUGCUUUGCUUGGAAAACUGGUACUACAAAAUACUGAUACUUCUGACUGGAAAUAUGAAGAAUGCACAGAUCGCCCUAGAUGCUGUUUCCAUAUGCAUGAACAUCAACGGAUGGGAGAUGAUGAUACCUUUAGCUUUCUUUGUUGGUGCUGGAGUUAGGGUAGCAAAUGAGCUCGGAGCAGGAAAUGGAAGAGGAGCCAAAUUCGCAACCACUGUAGCAGUCAUGACAUCCAUAAUAAUUGGGAUAUUCUUCUGGAUACUGGUUUUGAUGUUUCACGACAGAUUAGCUUUUAUUUUUUCGACCAGUCAACUAGUUGUUGGAGAGGUUAACAAACUUUCAGUACUUCUGGCCUUCUCGAUUCUCCUUAACAGUGUCCAACCUGUUCUCUCCGGUGUUGCAGUGGGAUCAGGGUGGCAAAGCACUGUGGCUUACAUUAAUCUCGGAUGCUACUAUUUACUCGGUCUACCUCUUGGCUUUCUGAUGGGCUGGAAAUUUAAUCAAGGUGUUAUGGGCAUUUGGGCAGGAAUGAUUUUUGGCGGUACUGCAGUUCAAACAGUAAUAUUAACUAUCAUCACUAUUCGAUCUGAUUGGGACAAAGAGGCACAGAGGGUAAGCAUGCAUGUACAGAAGUGGGCAGAGGGCUUCUAACAAUCAUUUAAAGCCUAAUAUUUGUCCAAAAUAAAAGUGCCUUAAGUUUGGAUCACGGAAUAUGUGAUCAGUUUUUUUUUUUUAUGAAAUACCGCAAUUAGAGCAGUGACCAUAAAAUUAUCAAAUAUUUCUUUAAAUGGAAAAAUUCAUUACCAUAUUUUCAAUUUAGGACUUUUCUUUUUAAUAAUCUUUAGUAUGGAUUAUGUUAAACUGAUCAUUAAAACCUAUUAUCCAUAGUUAGGACUAUUGUAUCUUAUAUGAAUUUAUCAUAUAUUUUUGUAUUGUUCGUAUAUAAGAAGAACACGAAUGAUGUUCUGAUUUGAGAGAAGAAUUCUCAUGAAUAUGAGAAUGAAGAAACUAAAAUUUCAUAAAAUGUUCAGUUUGUCUUACAGAACUAUGAUCU